AUGGGCCUAACAUGGGAGGAAAUAUAUACGCAGAUGCUGCUAGACGCUCCGGACCCAGAUGAGCCGCUGCCUUUAUCAAAUCGCAGGGCGACCAUGUUCGGCACUGCGCUCACUUUCUUGAUCGUGGCAUGGUUCGCAGUCUUCUUUCGUCUCUGGGUCCGCAUCAAGAUUGUGAAGGAAGUGGGUUGGGAUGAUGGCUUUGUGUUUCUUGCUCAGUCCUUGAACACUGCAGCGACAGUUGUCAUGUGUCUUUCGGUCAAAACUGGCCUUGGUCAGCACAUGCUCUAUAUUGGUUACAACCGUCUAGUAGAGUACUUGAGACUGUACUACAUUGAAUUAGCCAUAUACAUCACCAACUGCGCCGUCAUCAAGAUCGCUCUUCUCCUCCAAUACCUCCGCAUCUUCAAGGCCGGACACAUGCGAUGGAUUUGUAUCGGUCUUCUCGUCGCCGUAACUCUCUGGGGUAUCGCAUUCUCCUUCGCUGGCUGGUUCCCCUGCUUCCCUGUUCGCGGCUACUGGAACCGUGUUGUCGCCGCAAAAUGCUACGGUUUCGGUUUCGGAGAUCUCGAUAGCUUUAUCGCGACGUACAAGGCGCAUUCGGCCACCAACAUGAUGUUCGACAUCUUUAUCUUCCUUGCACCGAUGGUGUUGUUCCGAACAACAAACCUGCGCUCCAAGAAUGUGUUGGCAAUGGCUGGCGUAUUCACCUUUGGUGCUGUUGUUGUCGGAACAUCAGUGUGGCGUCUCCACGGCAUCGUCGAAACCAAAGGCGCGACUUACCCCUACGUCGACUACACCUGGUGGUCACCAACUCUCAUCGUACUCUCCUGUCUCGAAAUUGACCUCGCCAUCAUCUGCGCCUCAAUGCCCAUCUUCUGGCCCAUAAUCGAAAAGUCACUUAGCGCCAUCUUUGUCAGUUACGAAGUCCAAGUCGUGGAGGAGCGCGUCGACGACUACGGUCUUACAUACGAACUCGAGCACAUGAAGGGGGAAGACAGGGCAUGCAGUAUUAAGAGUAGUGGAACGAGUACACAGGAGCUAACCAACGAUGAUGAGGAGGCAAAUCUGAGGAGGCAAGCCUUCACCGUUGGCGUUGAUCCGCUAAGUGAGGAGCAGAAGAGUGGUGGAUUGAGUACAAAUGUCCAUUCGAAUGCGCAGCCGAAAUGGCAGUUAUAG